AUGGAUAGUAUCGAUAAAGACAAUGAUAUUAAUGACACUCUUGUCCAAUCUCUCUUAUCAAAUGAGGUUUCUGAGGAAGAAGAAAGAUUUGGUAAGAAGCUAUGGAUUGAAACUAAGAAACUAUGGCUGAUUGUGGGUCCCGCUAUCUUCAGUCGUAUCGCAUCAUUCACCAUGAACGUCGUUAGUCAAGCUUUUGCCGGUCACCUAGGUGAAGUUGAACUCGCCUCCAUCACCAUCGCCAACACCGUCAUCGUUGGCUUCAACUUCGGCCUCCUGUUGGGAAUGGCAAGCGCGUUGGAGACACUUUGUGGACAAGCGUUUGGUGCAAAACGAUAUAGUAUGUUAGGAAUAUAUCUGCAAAGAUGUUGGAUUGUUCUGUUCGUAUGUUGUUUUCUUUUGUUACCAUUCUAUGUCUUUGCUACUCCAUUUCUCAAAUUUAUUGGACAACCCGAUGACGUGGCGGAAUCGAGUGGUACCGUGGCUAUAUGGCUUAUACCUUUGCAUUUCAGUUUUGCUUUUCAGUUUCCUCUUCAGAGGUUUCUACAGUGCCAGCUGAAAACAGGUGUGAUUGCAUGGGUUUCAUUGUUGGGUUUGGUGGUGAAUGUUGUAACGAGUUGGUUGUUGGUUUAUGUUUGGGAUUUUGGACUUAUUGGUGCUGCUAUUGCAUUGGAUGUUUCAUGGUGGGUUUUGGUGUUUGGGAUGUUUGGUUACACAGUUUGCGGUGGUUGUCCUUUGACUUGGAAUGGUUUUACAAUGGAAGCAUUUUAUGGUCUUUGGGAUUUCUUCAAACUAUCAUUUGCUUCAGGAGUGAUGCUUUGUUUAGAGAAUUGGUAUUACAGGAUACUGCUGCUUAUGACUGGUCAGUUAGAAAAUGCAACUGUUGCUGUUGAUGCAUUGUCUGUAUGUAUGACUAUCAAUGGAUGGGAAAUCAUGAUUCCUCUGGCUUUCUUUGCUGGUACCGGGUAUGUAUUUUCAUUUUGA